GAAGGCGACAUAACUCAUGUACCGCACGUGAACUCGGUAGUUCUUUUCUUGGAAAUGAUAAUACUUGUUGCAUCAUACUGUUCCAGUUGUAGAUGACUACCAAAACGCGUCUUCAAUUGACACUGGCCAUAAUCAAACCAGAUGCGGUUGCACAGCCCCAUGUCAUUAAGUACAUCAAAAACCUAAUCCUGUCAAACAACUUCCUCUUUGUGAGGUCUAAUAUGGUGAGGUGGAGAAGAUCAGAUGCAGAACAGUUCUACAAAGAGCAUGAGGGACGAUUUUUUCAUAAUAGGCUUGUCACUUUUAUGUCAAGUACACAUAUCCUAGCCAGGGAAGAUGCAAUAAGCUGUUGGAGAAAGCUCAUGGGACCCACAAAGGUCUUUAGGACUCAGUAUGAGGACCCAGACAGCAUCCGGGGCCAGUUUGGACUCUCUGACACCAGAAAUUGUACACAUGGCUCUGAUUCUGAGGAGUCUGCUGCUAAAGAGAUCCAUUUCUUCUUCCCUGACUUUGACAUUGAAAAAUGGUACAGUGAAGAAGAAUUAUUAUUUAGACAAAGGAAAGUGACAUUUGAUCCCAAACGGGACAUUCAUAUUCUGGACAAUACCAGUCCCACCAGGAAAGAGGAACCAAAAAUAACUGCAAGCUGACACAGUGAUAUGAAACUCUUUUAAACUGUUUGAUCAAAUCUUAAGAUUUUUUAACUGUUUAACAUUGUAUCAUAUGUUUUACCUUGAGUCACCUGUGCCUUGAAAAACUUAAUUUCAAUGAAGACGGAAGAGUGUGAUUACCUAACCCUGUUAAUAUCAUUGCCAUGAAUUGAUUACUGUACCAGUAUACCAUAUCAAAUCCAUGUUGUGCAACUUUUUUUACAUGAAGAAGGCAACAGGUAAAAUUUCUUUUUCUCUAAAACUUUUAAAAUUCAAGAUUAUAAAGAAAAUUUGAUAAAUUUUAUUAAUUUUAUCCCUUAUUUUAUAAUUUAUACUUUUAAAUAAAAUUGCAAAGAUAAAAAAUAAAACACAUAAACAGUCAUUACAUGUAAUGUUUGUAGCUCAGGUCCAUGUGAGAACAACCAAGAGAAUUUUUGAUUUAUCUCUUUUUGUCAAAUUUUUAUUUCUAAAGUUUUGCCAGUUUUUUAUUUUAUUUUAUAUUUUAUGUAUAUUUCAUUGGAGGAAGUUUGAUCUUCUUUCAUAUGGAAAAAUUUAAAAAGUCAUUUCCAAGUCUCACAAAUGCAUGGUCUUUAAAUUUAUAAGUGCUAAAUAAAAGUGAAACGUUUCUUAA